AUGAACUUCUACAUGCCUCAAGAAUACUGGGACCUAAACAGCUGGGAGACCAACUAUGAAAAUAACUAUGAUUUCCCCUCUGAAUAUUACUAUGCCUAUAAUCCCAGGACUGGGGAUCUCCAGAUUGUAGCUCCAACUCCAGCUGCUGUCCUCCUUGCUGGACAUGUGGUUCUUGUAAUCCUCGCUACAGCCCCAUCUGUAGGCCUCAAUGUCACCGCUCAAGAUCUGUUUCUCCUUUCCGUUCUAACUCCCGCUCCAGCUGCUGUCCUCCUUGCUGCAGAUGUGGCCGUUGGGCGCAUCCUUCCAGUUCUAGCAGCCAAUCACCAGAUGGUAGCUCCAACUCCAGCUACUGUCCUCCUUGCUGGACAUGUGGUUCUUGUAAUCCUCACUACAGCCCCAUCUGUAGGCCUCGAUGUCACCGCUCAAGAUCUGUUUCUCCUUUCCGUUCUAACUCCGGCUCCAGCUACUGUCCUCCUUGCUGCAGAUGUGGCCAUUGGGCGCCUCCUUCCAGUUCUACCAGUCAAUCACCAGAUGGUAGCUCCAACUCCAGCUACUAUCCUCCUUGCUGGACAUGUGGUUCUUGUAAUCCUCACUACAGCCCCAUCUGUAGGCCUCGACGUCACCGCUCAAGAUCUGUUUCUCCUUUCCGUUCUAACUCCCGCUCCAGCUGCUGUCCUCCUUGCUGCAGAUGUGGCCGUUGGGCGCAUCCUUCCAGUUCUAGCAGUCAAUCACCAGAUGGUAGCUCCAACUCCAGCUGCUAUCCUCCUUGCUGCAGAUGUGGCGGUUGGGCUCCUCCUUCCAGUUCUUGCAGCCAGUCUCCAGAUGGUAGCUCCAACUCCAGCUACUGUCCUCCUUGCUGGACAUGCGGUUCUUGUAAUCCUCGCUACAGCCCCAUCUGUAGGCCUCGAUGUCACCGCUCAAGAUCUGUUUCUCCUUUCCGUUCUAACUCCGGCUCCAGCUGCUAUCCUCCUUGCUGCAGAUGUGGCGGUUGGGCUCCUCCUUCCAGUUCUUGCAGCCAAUCUCCAGAUGGUAGCUCCAACUCCAGCUACUGUCCUCCUUGCUGGACAUGCGGUUCUUGUAAUCCUCGCUACAGCCCCAUCUGUAGGCCUCGAUGUCACCGCUCAAGAUCUGUUUCUCCUUUCCGUUCUAACUCCGGCUCCAGCUACUAUCCUCCUUGCUGCAGAUGUGGCGGUUGGGCUCCUCCUUCCAGUUCUUGCAGCCAAUCUCCAGAUGGUAGCUCCAACUCCAGCUACUGUCCUCCUUGCUGGACAUGCGGUUCUUGUAAUCCUCGCUACAGCCCCAUCUGUAGGCCUCGAUGUCACCGCUCAAGAUCUGUUUCUCCUUUCCGUUCUAACUCCGGCUCCAGCUGCUGUCCUCCUUGCUGCAGAUGUGGCCGUUGGGCUCCUCCUUCUGAUUCUUGCAGCCAAUCUCCAGAUUGUAGCUGCCACUCCAGCUGCUGUCCUCCUUGCUGUACAUGUGGCUCCUGUAAUCCUUGCUACUGCCCCAUCUGUGGGCCUCAACCAUCAAAUUUUAGGUCCAGCUCCAGACGCUGUCCUUGUUGCUGCAGAUGUGGCCGUUGUGCUCCUCCUUGCUGCUGUAGCAGCCAAUGCUGUAGGUCCAGCUGCAGCUGCUGUCGUCCUUGCUGGACAUGUAGCUCUUGUAAUCCUUGCUACUGCCCCAGCUGUAGGCCUCAACCACCAAAUUCUAGCUUCAGCUCUUGCUGCUGUCCUCCUUGCUGCCCAUGUGGCUGUUAUGGUCCUUGCUAUGACCCCAGUUGUUGAUCUCCUGGCUCCAGCUCCAGCUGUGGCCUUCUUUCCAGAGUUCCUGCAGGUCUGA